AAACUGGGAGAGACGAAGGUAAUGCGGAACGAGAGCAACUCAAGGCUGAAAGUGCACGCCAACGAGAGCAACUCGAGGCUGAAAGUGCACGCCAACGAGAGCAACUCGAGGCUGAAAGUGCACGCCAACGAGAGCAACUCAAGGCUGAAAGUGCGCGCCGCGACGCUGAAAGACUGGCUGAAAUAGCCCAGCUCAAAGCCAGACUACGUGAAUACGAAGACUGUCAGCCUGACAAUGCGGCGGCCCCGGCCUGAAGAAGGGAUGUCAAGUUUGUUCUCGUAGCCAGGAAGACAGCAAAGCUGUCAAACAUGCCAUAUCUUUCCUAUUAUUUAUUUUCACAGAGCGGAAUCUAUGACUCGUCAUCGUUAACAUGUCCAUGUAUAUUUUAGUACACUGUUUCAGGUGUAGGUACCGUGCCAGGCCUCUAGUGUAGUUAAAUCAUCGCGACGGUUCGAAAGCGGGUAGUUUGAUAGUGCCACUUAGACUCCCAUGCUGCUAUGUUAUAACGAUCCCCAGAUAGUUGCCAAAUGUUUAUGGAGGAUGUCGCUGCGAAUAAUGACAAAGAAAUCUAUAAUCAUG